UUGGCCUCUGAAGGGAUCGAGCCAGUUCAGGCCAGCCUGCUGCUCUUUCUCUCCUUCUCUCCCUUUCUUUCCCCCCUCACUCUCUCGUCCCCUCCUGUCUGUUUAAGGGGAGAAAGGCUGGGAAAUUCCUUCAAGCUACUUUACUUCAGGUUUCUGUGGGAUUUAAACAUGCACACUGAGGUUUUGGUACAGUCCAUGUUCGUGCCGUUGUUUCUGAUUCUGCUCUGUACCGUGGAGGACACUUUGUUACAAUCGGUGAGCCAGGUGGGUGGCGUGUGUAAACUGUCCACAGAGUCGUCCCUGCGGCGCUGCAGGACACCCGAUGGCAAGGUCUGCAGCGGGAGGGGCAAGUGUGACUGCGGCAUCUGCCUCUGCGAGGCCACCGAGCCGGGGAAGUUCUACGGCCCGCGCUGCGAGUGCCACGACUGGGUCUGCACCACAUAUAAUGGGAAAACUUGCAAUGACCGUGGCUACUGCGACUGUGGGAUGUGUGAGUGCGAUGAAGGCUGGUCCGGAGAUGCCUGCCAGUUCCAGGAGGAGUGUAACCUACCCAACAAGAAGAGCAAAGAGCUGUGCAAAAACCCACAGGGGGUGGUGUGCUCCAACAGAGGCACCUGCCACUGCGGUAGCUGCAUGUGUGACAAUAACGACAACAGGGGCCUGGUGACGGGACGCUUCUGCGAGUGUGACGACAGCGAGUGUCUGGACGAGGACACCGGCGAGGUGUGUGGAGGCCAUGGCCAGUGUUACUGUGGAAACUGUUACUGUGCCGCUGGUUGGCAUGGAGACAAAUGUGAAUUCCAGUGUGACAUCAGCCCAUGGGAGAGCAAGCGGAGAUGCACAUCUCCAGAUGGCAAAAUCUGCAGCAACAGAGGGACCUGUGUGUGUGGAGAGUGUAACUGUUAUGAUGUAGAUCCCUCUGGUGACUGGGGAGACAUACACGGAGACACCUGCGAGUGCGACGAGAGGAACUGUCAUGCAACCUACGACCGAUACACGGAUGACUUCUGCUCAGGCCAGGGCCAGUGUAAUUGUGGCAGGUGUGACUGCAAGGAGGGAUGGGCUGGGAAGAAGUGCGAGCACCCUCUGUCCUGCUCGCUGUCUCUGGAGAGCAGCGUGAAGAAGUGUCGCGGAACGUCCAAUUUGCCCUGCUUCGGACGAGGUCAGUGCCUGUGUGGACAGUGCACUUGCCACCCACCUGGGGACAGUCGGGUUCAUGGCAAAAACUGUGAGUGUGACGACCGUCAGUGCGAGGACAUCAGCGGAGAGGUCUGUGGAGGUCACGGUUACUGUUCGUGCGGACGCUGCAUCUGCGAGGAGGGCUGGUUCGGGAAGCUGUGCCAGUUCCCCAGGUCUUGUGACAUGAGCGACGCCCAGAGCAAGGAGCUUUGUGAGACCUCGGACGGAGUCAUGUGCAGUGGAAAAGGCUCCUGUCACUGUGGCAAAUGUAUCUGCUCUCCCCAGGACUGGUGGGUGUCUGGAGAGUACUGUGAGUGUGACGACCGAGAGUGUGACAAACAUGACGGCCUCAUCUGCACAGGGAAUGGGUUGUGCAAUUGUGGCAACUGUGAGUGCUGGGACGGCUGGACAGGGAACGCUUGCGAAAUCUGGGUGGGAGCAGAGUACUGAGGAGGAGGAGAGGACACUGGUGUUAGAGACAGGAGGCCUGGCUGCCCCGAGCGACUCGAGCACCACCGGCGGGCACCGCCGGGCCGGUAAAACGUCGCAGCCUGGAAAACCACGGGAGGAGGGAGGAGACGAAACCACACAUGGAUGUAAUUCUGCAUAUCGUUCACAGCAUUCGCUCUUUUAUUGUACUGGUUACAAAUUAAUCUUAUAAAACUGGGUGUUGUAGGUGUAAAAGAGACAUGAACAUAUUACCAUGUAAACACUUGUUUCCAGAACAGUGUUAUGUAUAAUUUUUUUUAUAAUGUAGGAACAAUUACAUAUUCCAGAUGGCUAUGAUAACAUAUUGGAAAGAAUUAUUAGGGUGACAUUUUUGCAAUUUGUUUGAUGAUGUAGGUCUGUUUUUAUCUGGCACAAAGUGGUGUGUUGCUCCAAAACUGGACUGAAAGUUCACUCGAGGCAGUUACUGUUUGAGGUUUUUAUUUCUUUUUAAUAAUAAAACAUUAAAUGUGCCGCAUGACACAACAUUUUGCAUGGAAAACAAUGCGAAGACCUUAAUCAUACAUGGUUACAAAUUUGUUAUAACAUGACAUAACUCCAAUGGGCAUACUUGCAAUGGUAUAUAUAUAUUUUUUUUGAAAAUAAAUCAUUUUAACAGUG